GAAUGCCGAAAACAAUGAGCUAAAAGUGCGGGUGCAAUCGAUGGAGCAACAAGUUCACUUGCAAGAUGCGCUUAACGAUGCAUUAAAAGAGGAAAUUCAGCAUUUGAGAGUCCUUACCGGACAAGCUUUGCCAAAUGGAGGAGCACCUAUGAACUUUGCUUCAUCAGUUGGAGGAGAACAACAAUUCCAAUCCAAAAAUCAGUCGAUGCACACCAUUUUAGCUGCCCAGCAGUUACAACAACUCCAAAUUCGCUCACGGAAGCAACAGCAUCAACAGCAGCUAUUCCAGAACCAUCAACCUCAGCAUCUGCAGCAGUUUCAGCAGCCACAACCACCACAGCAACAACAUGAACAUUAGCAUAGAAUUUAGGAACUGCACCAAUUACCCUUUAGUUUGUGUUGAGUUUAGAGUUUAAUUUAGGACAUAGUCAUUCUAUUAUCCCUUAUUCAAGAACAGUAGAAAUGGUUCUAAUAGUUAGAGAUUAAGGAUUAGAUUUUAUAUCUUUGCCAUGCAAACUAGUCUUCUUGUACCUUUAGCUAUGGUAAUGGAUCAUGGAGGUAGAUUUUUUUUGUUAGCUAAAUCUUGCCAUCAGUUUCUUAUGGUUUCAACUUUCAAGUUCAACUACACUUUUGUUUG